AAACAUACCUACUGUAGGUUGUCGUACCUAUUUACAACAGACAAUAGUUCAUAACAGACUUUCAACCAGUAAAACUACUCCUCGUUUAAUACCUAUAUUAUUUAUUCAUUUUUUUUAAUAUUUUUAUAAAAAUGAACAAUAUUACAAAUUUUUAUUUAUUAUUAGCUUUAACUUGUAUUUCAACAAUUAGAUCUGGUAAAUAUUAUAAUAAAAUUAUUUUAAGGUGUGGUUGAAAACUUCAAAACGCAAUAAAUAAUUUUUUUUGUUUAGUUGUAAGUAUAUCGUGUUACCAAUGCAACAGUACAGAUAUUGAAAAUCAAUUUCUAUGUUCAGAAUUUAUGGAUACGCAAGACUUCGGAUUAUCUGCACGACCUUGUACAGAUGUUUACAAUGCUGCUUAUUGUAUUAAAUUAGUAGGCCGUUAUGAAGGUAUGUAUUAUUAUAUUACUUGAAAAUAGGUUUUAAUGAUUUUUCUUCUAACAGGAGGACUUGGAACUAAACGUUAUUGUUCUUCCCAUGAUUUGGGGAAUUACUGUAACUAUGUUCGACAGCCAGGUGAUACAAAAAAUUAUAGAACGUGCGUUUAUACUUGCAAUUCUGAUGGCUGCAAUGGUUCAACACUAGUCAAGUCGUUUGGAUAUCUAAUAGGAAUAUCUUUUUUGCUAUUAUUUAAAUGGCUUUUACUUUAAACAUUUACAUUACCAAAAUAUUCUAAAUUAAAUUGAACAUUUAUUCAAAGUUUACUUAGUCUAUAAUAUAAAAAUUAUUAUUUUAAAUACUUAGUAUAUAUAUUUAACAAAUUAAACUUCAAUGAUCUGUUGUUUAAUACAUCACAAAUUUUAAUCAUGUUAACUAUAUAAUAUUAUUGCCCAAAGCCCUAAAUAAUGUUUUAAACUCUUAGUGUAAUCUAAGUGUAACUUGUGAUCUUUUUUUAUACAUUUCUUAAUGUAUUUUUUACAUACAUUUAUUGUUGAUCUGAUCUAUAUACACAUAUGUACCAUUUUUUUUUUUGUUUAAUUAGAUUAGAAUAAUUUUAAGGGAUAUUAUAUUUAUAUACGUCAUUUGUGAUUUGAUUAGAUUUAGGUAAAGGAACCCAUUAGAAUAGUUAAAAAUAAUUUAUUUAAUAUACACAUUUUUUUUUUAUUAUUAUUUAUAUAGGUAGUAUAUUAAUUAUUUAAUUAUAACAAUAUUAAUCCGUCCAAUAAAUUCUAAAGUAUUAAGUAUGUUUUGUUAAAUCAAUAAUGUAUAAUAGUUCAUUAUUUUUAUAUGUGUUCAAAUAAUAAAAUAAGCUUAAGUAUACGACAAAUACAUAUCAGAUAAAUAGAAGUAAUAAUUUUUGUAAGAGUAUAAUUAUAUAUUUUAUUAAUGAAUUAUAAUACAACAUUAGAUAAUCAGUCUAAUACUAUUUUUAUUUGACUAAAGGCCAAAUUAUAUAUUUUAUAUUACAUUUUUAAUUUACAAUAAUACCUAAUAUAUUUAUAAAUAUAUUUUUAAAAAUUCUGUGUUUUAAAAUAAAAUAAUAUUAUAUUAUGUUGUCCAGUGUAAAAAUAAUUAGUUGCCUAUCUUUUGCUAUCUUUAGAAGAUACAAGAAAUAAACCGAAAAAACUUGACACUGGAUCUAAAUAUAUGUAUCUUUCACUAAACAAUCCUUUUAUCGAUAGAAUAUCUUUAGAAUUAAAAUAAAUAAGGCCUCCCGUGUAACAUGAAUCCGACUGAUUGGCUUGAUAUCGUGUUGUAGUACAACUGAAUAUCUUCUCAUUAUUUUUCAUAACAUAGAACCCAUUGAUGUCGUGUUGAUCUGUAUAGUACACCU